CCGGGGCGACCUGAGCAAGGAGGAAGAGGCAAGACGACAGCGGUUUGAAAGAUGGCGGCGCACACACAAAAGAAUAACAAGCCGGGGAAACCUGGAGGAAAAGAGGCACAGCCUCUGAUAAUUGCCAAAACUCCUGCGGAGGAACAGCGUCUGAAGUUGGAGAGGUUAAUGCGAAACCCGGAUAAGCCCGCUCCCAUCCCGGACCGGCCGAAAGAAUGGAACCCGCGGGCUCCGCCGGAGUUCGUCCGAGAUGUGAUGGGCUCCAGCGCGGGGGCAGGCAGCGGGGAGUUCCAUGUUUACCGGCACCUCCGACGCAGAGAGUAUCAGAGGCAGGACUUUCUGGACAAGAUAGCAGAUAAGCUCGACGAAGACGACCAUUAUCUGGAAAAGGUGGAGCAAAACAAAAAGGCAGCAGAUGAGAGAACGGCGAAGCGCAGGAAGAAGCGGGAAAAGUUGAAGAAGAAAAAGGAGAUGGCCAAGAAGGCAAAGCUAGAGUCCAAAAACAAGAACGACGACGACGAAGACGCCGCCGAGAAGAGCACAGCCAGCAGCGAAGAAGACGAAGGGGAAAAGGAGGCUGACGAUGAUGCCGAGGCUCCUAGCUUCAUCAUGGGGAAGAAAUAAAUCCCGCAGGGAGA